UAGUACUAAAACAAUAGUACAAAAUAAACAGUUUCGUUAUUUUAUAAAAAUUUCAAAAGUAUAUUAUAAUAAUUCAACAAAUUACAUAUCACAAUUUUUGCACAUAGGGGUUAAUAAUUAUGUCGGACAUUGAAAAUGUGACACCAAUGCUUAUUGAUGACGAGGAAGAAGAAUAUAUUUCACGACUAAAAUUUCGUCAGUAUAAAUUUAACUGGAUCAUCGAAGAUUUUGAUUUAAUAUGUAAGACAAUGAAAAUAUUUGAAUCUCCAAGAUUUCCUUCAACAAAAAAUGAUGUUCAAUGGUAUUUUAAAUUGUAUCCCGUGGAAUUAAAAGAAUACAACAAUGAGAUGUUUAACAUUCAUUUAUGCAACACAACUAACUUUAAAAAAAUUGUAAAAUGUCAAUAUUCUAUUUUAAAUGCUGCAGGAAUAGGACAUCAUUUUUUUUGUAAUAUGGUGAAUGGAAGUGCUAAAAUAAUUUGUAAUGAAACAGGAUCUUUCUUAUUUCAAGCAUUACAAUGGAAUAAAAUGCAAGAAAAGAAGAUUAAAUUAGUUUGUAAACUUAAUGUUUUUGAUUCGAUAAAUAAUAUUAUUCCAAAGCCAUUGACUCGUUCUGUAAGAGCAGACAAUCUUUUAAAUCAAAUAGAAUUUUUUUUUGACGAUCAAACUUUUAAAGAUGUCACUUUUAAAGUAGAGGACAAAGAAUUCAAUGCUCAUAAAAUAAUUCUCAUUCUUCGAAGUCCAGUAUUUGCAGCAAUGUUUCAAAUCAAAAUGACUGAGGAACUCACUUCAAUUGUUAAAAUUGAGGAUAUAAAAUCAACAAUUUUUCAAAAAAUGCUUCGUUUUAUUUAUACCGAUAAAGUGAAUGACUUGAAAGAAUCAGCUGCAGCACUAUAUUAUGCAGCAGAAAAAUAUCAGCUCGAAAAACUUAAAACAAUGUGCAUCAAUAGUUUGUGUAAAAAUUUAUCUUCAGAAACAGUUAUAGAAACACUUAAACUUGCAGAAAUGUUUUCAAUUUUCGAUUUAAAACAAAAAUCUUUAAAAUGUUUGGUUUUACAUUUAAAAGCAUUAGAGGGAACGCAUUCAUUUGUUCAAUUAGUCGAUAAUUAUCCACACAUUUGUCUUGAAAUCAAGAAAGUACAAAUAACGAAUAAUAAUAAUAAUAAACAAGAAGAUGAUGAUGGAGAUUAUUGCGCAAAAAUUAUAUAUGAAUUUAAAGUUUAAAAAAUAUGAAAGUUUUAAGGACACAUUGUUAUUAUAAUUGCUCUUUUGUUUUCUUUUUAAAGCAAAAAUAGUUAAACUAUUUUAUAACAAAAAACAGACAAUCGUCAAAAAUCAAAAGUUAGCUCAGUUAAUUAUAAAAUAAAUAUUUUUACUCUAUUGAAAAAUUAUACUUUUUGACGGUUAAAAUAGUUAUCGUCAUCAGUUAGAAUGUUGUGAAUUUGCAACUAAACGAUAGUCUCUUUUGUGUAUUUUAUUUAAUUAUAUCGAUAUUUAU